AUGUCACUAUCAAAGAUCUACACGAUUUCAAUUGAAGGAAAUAUUGGCUGCGGGAAGAGUACGGUUCUUUCUCAAUUUACCAAUUCGCCUUUGUUUGAGAUCAUUCCCGAACCUGUGGCAAAAUGGACAAAUUUUCAUGGAUCCAAUCUUUUGGAAAUGUUUUAUGAGGAUCAACAACGAUGGGCUUUUCUUUUCGAAUUAAAUGCCCUCCGGACACUAGCAGAAAUACAUACGCAGCCAAUAAGAAAGCCAAUUAAGAUUUUCGAGCGAUCGAUUUUAUGCACUCGACAUUGUUUCAUGGAAAAUAUCUAUCAAGCUGGCAAUCUGGGGGAAGUUGAGUAUCAGAUGUUGGACGAUGAGUAUCAAAGACUAACUGCUGAUAAUUCCUGUCACGUGGAUCUGAUAUUUUAUCUUCGAACAACACCUGAGGUCUGCAUGGAACGUAUUCAGGCUCGUAAUCGACCAGAAGAGACGUCGAAAAUCAAUUUGGACUAUUUAGCUUCACUCCAUCAAUUACAUGAAGAUUGGUUGUAUGGGCACAAUGGUCGAGAUAGUACAGACUCUUCAGACGUGAUCAUCAUUGAUGCUAGUCAAGAUCGAGAACAAGUUUAUACUACGAUCAACACCCAAUUAAGUCAUCCCACUCAGUAA